CUCAGUGCAGGUUCUGUAAGCUGACUGCCACCAUGCUGCACGUUCAUACUUUCAUCCUUAUUUCACUGUGCUACGGCGCCCUUGGGAGACCAAGACCCAACAAGGAUGAUAACAUCUCUACUACGGAUCAGAGGUUUGCAGAGGACUACCUAACCAAAUUCUAUACAACUGGCAGCAAAGGAAGAGCCACAUUUGUCGACAGGAUUAAAGAAAUGCAGAAAUUCUUUGGAAUGAAAGUAACGGGGGUCCUGACCUCAGAAACUAUGACUAUGAUGAAAGCUCCCAGAUGUGGGAUGCCAGAUGUGUCAGAGUUCAGGGCAUUCCCAGGAAGACCCACAUGGCCACGAUCCGCCCUCACCUAUAGAAUUGAAAAUUACACUCCUGAUCUACCCUCCCGUGUGGUUGAUGACGCAAUACAGAGAGCAUUCAGUGUUUGGAGCCAAGUGACUCCUCUAACAUUCAGCAGAGUCAAUAGCCGUCAAGCGGAUAUUCUGAUACAAUUUUCACCACGAGCUCACGGUGAUCGGUCGCCAUUUGACGGUCGCAAUGGUGUGCUAGCUCAUGCGUAUGCCCCCAGUGCUGGAAUAGGGGGUGAUGCUCAUUUCGAUGAAGAUGAAACUUGGACAAAUGACAGAAGAGGUUUUAAUUUAUUUUUAGUAGCUGCGCACGAAUUUGGUCAUUCAUUGGGACUAGAUCACUCUAACGAUCGUGAGGCACUGAUGUUCCCGACCUAUCGUUAUGUAAACACCGACAACUUCCGCCUGUCACAAGACGACAUCAAUGGGAUACAGUCAUUGUAUGGUAGAAGGCCCUAAUAACUCCACGGAAAGAGAUUCCAGUCGGGUGACCGCUUAUCAAGGAAUCCUUUGACAGAUGUAGACAGAUAUCUCAUUAUAUAUUGGCUAUAGCUUUGCAAUGAAACUAAUACAGUAAUUAUAAACAAAAGUUUUAAAAUAAAUAUAAAAAAAUAUAUAGCAUAGCUAACAAUUACUGAGAUAAAGUAAUACUGCACCAUCUAUCUAUCUAUCUAUCUAUCUAUCUAUCUAUCUAUCUAUCUAUCUAUAUAUAUAUAUAUAUAUGUAUAUAUAUAUAUAUAUAUAUAUAUAUAUAAGGCUAACGCUGCUCCUCACCUCUAUGGGGAAUUCAAGUGUUUUGCAUGCUGGAGGCCACUAGAUGGCACCCGACAGAGCAAUUCAAUUGUUGACAUUUCUGCUCAUAGCCCCCGAGUAGGAGAGCAGAAAAAAACGAAAAGUGACCUGAUUGAGCGCUCAAGGGGACUUUUUACGUUGCGCACAUUACUUUGGUUGGGUUUAGCUGCGUUACACUGUUAAACCCAACCUCUCCGGGCACAACAAUGUUCAAUCAUUUUGACGGGCUGGUAACUUGUGUUAUAUAAAAAUGUAAUUGAAAAAUCUAUAUCAUACUGUAGCUAACACUUAGUAAGAUAAAGAAACACUGUACAAUGAAGCUAUCUACAGGCACUGUAUGUAAAAUUGUAAUGACCGUCAUUUAAACAACAAAUACAAGCGCUCGGAUGCCCUCCAGUAAGGUGUGGAUAAAUAUGCAUGGAAGGUACAGUAGACGGCACUCAAAGUCAUGUUGCCCCCUCUUCAUAAUAAUUUCCCCCUCUUCACAAUAAUUUUACGUUACGUUGCUAACAUAACAGACUGAUAUAGGAGGUUAAAGUGUAAUGUGUUCAACUAAGUACUCAAUCUGGUGUUUCCUCAAACAUGAAACGACUGUAACAAUACACUGAAUGUGAAUAAAGUUGGUUCAA